AUGCUGCUUUCCGAUUCAGGUUUUAAUGGCGCGGGAGAGAUCCUCAUAAAGGUCGUGAGUCCCGAGGGGCAAACCUUCACUGCAAUCUUUCCCGAAGACACUCUCAUUGAAGAAGUUAAAAACAGAGCCAUUGAUUUCUUCUACCCAAGCGGUGAAACUGGUUCGAGUCGUUACAAAGUGGUCCGCGUCUUCGAUUCGAGUACCCUUCACGAGUUCUUGACUCUUGCCCAGGAGCAAGUGAUGACACAAGAGGAAUUUCUCUUGGUAGAAAGGAGGACGCCUGAAGCUGGUACUUUGUGGGACUUGGGAGCAGUCCGUGCUCCACAGCAAGGCACAAUUGCGGCGGCUACAGCAUCGUUACCUACUCCUCAAAAUACAAUGCGCCAACCAAACCUCCAAUCGCUACUGUCUACUAACGAGUUGUCAUACGAAUUGAGGAAGAUCUUAAUAUCUCUGAUCGAGGCAGGCGCCCGGUUAGCAGCAGCUGGUAGGAACUACGAAAUGGCUCUGGCACAGCUGUCUGCCGCGUUAGACGAACCGCAAAGGAUCCACCAGAACGUGAUCCAAGUCAUCACACCGGAGGAGAUUGCGGCGCGAUUCGAUUCCGCGGACAUUCAGAGCGAGUCUGAAGAAGCCACGUCUAAGUCUGGUGGUAGUAGAGAGCUUUUUAAGCGCGCGGAGCACUUGCAGAGAUUCUUAGAGAAGUUUAGAGCAUGGAGGUUUAAGAUCGCCCAACCCCCGAACACGGAAGCCGUUUCGACGCUGAAAGAUUUGGGGUUUACUCCCAACGAGGCCGAUGAAGCGUUGCGACAGACUGGGAGUAACGUGCCAGCGGCGGCUUCGUGGCUGAUCGGCGAGCGAGGAUCGAGUGUGUUCGAGUUGAUCAACGGGUUGCCAGACGGCACGAUCUUGGAGACACUACUGAAACAGCCGCAGAUUCAGAGGGGUUUACUCAACACUCGAAUGUUGAUUGCGUUCAUCGCGAUGGUGGGACAGACUGGUAGUGCUUCGUUGUGGCUCAAUUCCCCGCAUGGUAGUCCGCUGCUCUCACAAAUAUCACGCACUUACCAUUCGGAGAAAUAUUGUCUGGCCGUGAACCAGUUCUCGCAAGACAAGCGGGAACGGAAACCAGCGUCUUUGCCUUCUACUUCGAGGCAAAGGAAUUAA